AUGCAGUUUUUUUUCAAAGAGUAUCAAGGGUUUUUUUUCAAAGAAUAUCAAGAGCCUGAUGAAAAGCAAAGAAAGCAGUUGAAUGGUGAGUCAGGUUUACAAGUAUUGGAAAACGAAAUUUGGAUCCUAAAUAUUUGCACCGUCGAUCGAAAUACUAUUGCAAUUUUAAACGAAGAUGUGGACAAAGAUGUGGUUACCGGUGGCGACUGCAACACAAAGCCAAAUGAAAUAGAAAGAAGCAUCUACUCGCAAAUCAGUACAAACUUUAGAGUUGAUGAGAAAGUUCCCUUACUUUACUCAGCUUGGAGUGAUUUACUAACUGAAUCUAAAAAUGGGGAAGGCAAGUUCUCACAGAGUGCUGGCUUGGACAGAUCAAAUGUACCAAAGGCUCCUCACUUGGAUAACUGCAAGUUGAGUACUGAAUUAAGCCACCGUCUUGAGAAUGCGAGCUUCCCUCCACGGACAAUCUGGAAGGGAAUGUUAAAUAACUUCCCUGUAUUAUCUACUGAUGAACAGCUGAUAUCCUAUAGGCAUCAAACCACGUCCAAAGGUGUUUAUCCACCCUGGCAUACAUUGCCCAAGACAUGCAAAGGCGAUCCUAGUGUUAUAUUUCUAGUAGCUGAUUGGGAGAGAUUGCCCAGAUUUGGUAUGGACGCCCAGUUUGCUGGAAUGUGUGGUCUUCUUGCUAUUGCAAUGAAUGAGAACAGAGCACUUGUUACAAACUACUACAAUAGGGCUGACCAUGAUGCUUGUGAAGGUCCAUCACGCUCUAGUUGGUCUUGCUACUUCUUUCCAGAAACAUCUGAUGAAUGCCAUCAGCAGCCAUUUGAGCUUUUGCAGAAAAAGGAAGCAUGGGAAAAGGGAAUUAUAACAGGAAAUGACAAUUAUACUUCAAAAGAGAUAUGGGAUGGGCCAACUCCUAGGCAAGCUGUUGUUACAGGUUAG